AUGGCUGCUGAAAAGAGGUUCUUUCUUUCAGAUGAUGAAGUAAAACUGAUUGAGUUGGUACGGGAAAGGCCUAUAUUGUUCUCCAAGAAAAGAAAGAAGGGCCAGGAUAUAAAUAUAAAAGAAAAUUGUUGGCGAGAAGUAAGCGAAACUUUACACAUUCCAAUUGAUGUCUGUAAAACGAAGUGGAAGUACCUUCGUGAUUACUAUGUAAGAAGAAAGCACAGAACAUAUGAUCAACCCGUUCGUUAUAAAACAGAAGUAGAGAAAAGGAGAAGAGAGCUUCUUACCUUUUUGGAUGAGCCAGAGGCAUAUGUGCCCCAAGAACCGUCCAUUUCGACUGUCCACAUUAAACAAGAACCAGCAGAUUCAUCAGACGAAGCAAAUUCUGUUGGAAGUUAUUCACAGAUAGAAAUCCAAUCAUAUACAUCUAACCAACAAGGGAUGCUGGAUGUAAAUGAUUUUUUGGAAAUAGAAUGUCACCAGCCGCAGGAAACAAAAUACUGUGAAGAAGAUCCAGUAACUAAUAUUAGUACUCCCGAAACAGAAGCUAGUGAUGAUCCAAAAGAUAAGCUCGAUGGCGCCGAUUCUUUCGUUUUUGAAUUGCCUAAAAGAGAUCAUAUUGACGAUUUCUUCUACGGUCUAAGCACGACUAUGCGCACCCUACCAACUCGUCUAAUUGUCGAAGCAAAAAAUGAACUUUUUCAAGUAAUGUCAAAAUAUGAACUAAGAGCUUUGGAAAUGAAAAAACAGAAAUGUUAAAGCAGUUUUCGGAAUUAGAGAGCCAUCAGACGAAGUAAACAAAAUACUGUGAAGAAGAUCUAGCAACUAAAACAGGAAUAGCUAAAAGAAUAUCCCGGUUUUAAAAAUUGAAAUGUCAUAAACUAUUACAUUUAGCUCUAUAAAUGAUACAUAAAGAUAAAUUGUCCCGGUUUCUUUUCACUCACAAAUGUUCGAGGUGUGAGCCUUUCGUAACACGACACAUAUCUAACAUACGUUUUGGAGUACAUUUCACUGUCUAUUUUUCGUAAUGCUACAUAUAUGAGAUCUUUCAGUUCUUGCAAUAUUGUAGGCAAUGGUGGUGUAUAAACACUGUCUUUGACGAAACCUCAUAAAAAAAACCCCAUGGGGUUAGGUUUGAAAUCUGGCUGGUCAACGCAUAAAGCGUAAAUCAUCACUUGCACGGCCAAUUCAGCGUUGCAGAACGUCAGUAGCUCAGUGAAAGGGAGGGGGGCACACUCCCUAGAGGUCUUGGUUAAAAAAUUAUGCCAAUCCUAAUACAGUAGUAAAUACACGUGUAAGCACUGUUGUGACAAAAAACAAAAGAACAAAAAAAAAAAAAAAACCCUCCAGAAAGAAUUUCUGGCUGCACUAGUGCGGAACGUGCACGUUUAGAUAGUUACGCACUUUCAAAAAAAAAAACUUGGACAGUUUAUCUUUAUUUUUAUGUAUCAUUUAUAGUGCUAAGUGUAAUAGUUUAUGACAUUUAAAUUUUUAAAACCGGAAUAUUCUUUUAUGCUAACCCUGUAUUACUUACGCCCGAAACAAAAGCUAGUGCUGAUCCGAAGGAUGAAAUCUAUUGUGCCGAUGCUUUCGUUUUUGAUUUGAGUAAAAGAAAUUACAUUGAUGAUUUCUUCUUCAGUCUGAGCACGACGGUGUAGUUGUAGAAGCAGAAAAUGAAUACUUUCAAGUCAUGUCCAAAUAUGAUUUGAAAACUUUCAAAAUUAAGUUUUCAAAUGCAUACAAUAUACUGACAGACCGGUUAUAACAUUCAGAGACCGCAGGUUCUGGAUGUCAUACCCGCGCUGUCGGUAUAUUGCUUGUAGUUUAGCCUUAGCUUUUAAAGGCGGUAACUUACUGCUUAAGUUUUAAAAGUUUUCGGAAUAAGAGAAUCUGCAGUAGCGGGGGGGGGGGGAUGCCGCGGAGAAGACUCAGUAACUAUUAUUAGUGCGUCCGAAACAGAAGUUAGUGAUGAUCCGACAGGUAAAAUCGACAGUGCCGAUCACUAGCGCAGCCAGAAAUACCUUCUAGAAGGGGUGUUUUAGAUCAAAAAUACCUUCUGAAGGUUUUUUUAUUUUGAUCAAAUAAGCCCUUUCAUAUGCAAAAACUACUGUAUUGGAAUUUGCAUUUAUGUUAAAACCAAUGCCUCUAGGGGUGUUUUCACCCCCCCCCCCUCGUUCGCUGCGCCACUGGUGCCGAUGCUUUUGCUUUUUAUGUGCCUACAAGAGAUCACAUUGAUGAUUUCUUCAGUCCAAGCAUGA